CACUUCCGGUUUAUAGUAAACAAGUUCGAAUUUGCUUUUAAUUACGUGAAGAAAAUAAUCUGACAAGAAGUGCCAUGUUUUGGGUUGUAUCUGAGGAAUGUGAUGUAUUUUAAAGUGUUAAGCUAACUUCAAUCAACUCGUAACAUUAUGGUGACUUGUUUGACCGAAUUCUUUAUCUGGUCAAUAAAAGAUAAAGUGUACAUUCCAGAUGAAGUAAUUGGCUGUCAUACUUACCAUGACAAGACACAUUCAGCAUCUGUAGAUCAGCUAUAUAAUGAAGAAAAACAACAUUUUGAUGAAGAGAGGGAUGUUUUAUGGGCACCAAGAAACAAGAGACCUGAAAAAUUAAGAGAUGUACUAAAAGAAGUUGAGGAUUUAUUGCAAGUUCAUAGAAUAGUUCAGAUAAGAUGGAGAAAUCGUCAAGUGCUGCAGCUUGUCCUGAGUAACAUGGUGGCAGUGAGUUUUGUGCUCAGUGGGAGCAGUGGCUCUACAGAGAGGAUAUUUCUGGACAAGUCCAUGGUGGGCAAAUUCAGUGCCGAGAUGGUGUCUGAUGCUUACCUCUCGGACCAUUUUCUAAUGACCAGCUACCCUGACAGACCCAAACUAGACUACGGUUAUUUUGUUAAAAGACCACCCUUAGGGGAAGGAUUGAAGAGACUAGAAAAGCUUUCUGUUUGGGAACCAAAGAUAACACAAAUAGACAUUCCUGGACCUGUGGGCAGAAGAAUUGAGCGACGCUUGUCGGCCAAUACCAGGCUAGAUAUGCUGUUGGUGUGGUGGCCUACAUCCAGUGAGGAAGCAUGGCCCUGGUCCCCUAUGUCCUCAGAAAAAGACCGAGCCAACAUGAUCGUCUUAUCAUUACACGGACCUAACAUUGAUGUUUUGACCUUUGCCAGGACAGAGUGUGAUCCUAUAUAUGCUGGUUUCAGUUCUCUACAGCCACACAGAGUGUUCACGGUGGAGCAGGCUAUGAGUGGGGGCGGGGACACAACCGCUCAGUGCUGCACAUAUGAGAUAGUGCAGGGAAAGAUUCAGAGAAUAAGUGUGACCAGCAUACCCCUCAAAAGUCAUGUGAUCUGUCAGUGUCGCAAUCCCAGUGAAGAUAAACUGGUUCUCGGAUGUUCUGAUGGCUCACUGGUUCUGUAUGAUGAAGUGAGGAAGGCAACACUAAUGAUCAGAGCUUCAGUGGUUCCUGUGUCAGUGGCUUGGCAUUCCCAGGGAACUGUGUUCUUUGCUGCAAGUGCCCGAGGAGAUUUACAGGUAUUUGACCUGGCUUUGACUCCUCUCAGAAUUCAGUUGGUCUCAGAGGAUCAGAUGACCCAGAGGGUGUUACAGCUCCACAAGUUUUUCAAAUCUCAAAUGUCCUUGAAGGAGAUCAAAUGGUGUCAACAUGACCCAGAUUCAGUGGAUUGGAAUGGAGAUUACACAGAUGCUCUCUUCAUGCAUUUUGAAAAAGGUCCGCCAUGUUUGCUUCAGCUUCAUCUAGGUGUUGUCAGUAGAGAACGUUUCUCAGGUCUGGAGCUGAUAAAAGAGUACCUGAAGAAUCGGCAGGUAGAUGAGGCAGUGACAUUGCUGAGCAGUAUGAACUGGGACACGGAUGGUACCACAGCAUACUCAAGCCUCUCCACCAUUGUUAAUCACCUUCUUCGGCUGCCCCUCAAUGCUGAGCGAGAAAGCCAGUUGGAGACCACGUUGGGAACAUUCUAUGCUCCUAAAUACCCACUGUCAGAAGUCAUCAUCCUUGACUUUAGAGAUCCCAUCAGCAGACUGGCUCGCCGAUUUUUCCACCAUCUCCUCAGGUAUUCCAGAUUUGAUAAAGCAUUCCUUCUAGCUGUUGAUAUUGGUGCAAGAGAUUUGUUCAUGGACAUACAUUACAUGGCAUUGGACAAAGGUGAAACUGCAUUAGCAGAGGUGGCCAAACGGAAAGCGGAACAAGUCGAGACAGAAUCCAUUGAAUCUUUUGAUGGAUUUGAUGAUGGUCUCUUACAAAAUGGCUACCAUAAUAACAAUGCACAGAAUCACUCCGACUUUAAUGUUAAUGAGUUGCCAGCCUCUCGAACUCACCCAUGGCAACACGGGGAGCACCAGGUUCUUCAGGAGAACAGACAUCUACAUAACGGCAUCAAUGGGGACCUUUCAGACAGACCUAAUUACCUGGGUGACCUUGAACUGGAGGCUGACCUGAUACACGACUACACGGCGGCCCUACAGCUGGACGACCCUGGCUGGUUCUCUCACUCCCACAUAGAGGACACCGACUGGCAGGAUCAAGACCUGCCUGAUGCUGGGAAUGGCGUGAAUCAAGAGGAUGAUGAGGAGGAUGCCUCAGUAAAAGUCAUUCACUUUGGGGUGGUGUGAGGACCAGCAGACUAAUGUUUUACGAGUAGUGUAACAUUACGUUGAUGUGGAUGUUACUUAUACCAAAGUCUUUCAGAGCACGUCUUCCAUGUACAUGAAUUAUCUGUUUUUAUUCAUUUGUUGUACACAGAUGAUGUGUAUGGUGUCUGGUUAGAGGUUGUACCAUACGUAUUAAUGUACACUGUAAACAGCUUUCAGUUUGCAAAGCCCCCCCCCCCAAAUUAAUAAACUUUUUGCAAAUAUAUAAAUAUCAGAUUUUUUUUACCAAUUGUAUUUUGAUGAAAGCAUCAAUCACCUCAGAAUUUCGCUAUUUUAUCCAACCACAAAAGCAGUUCCUGUAAUCAUAACGGUAAUACACUGCGUAAUAUCAAAAUGUAAGGCUGUAUGCAGUUUUCAUUUUCGAUAUACAAUGUACUAUAAAUAAAAUUCAUGGAGAUACAUGUACUGCAAUAUUUAUUAUCAAUAUCAGAUAAUAUGAAACUGUAGUUACUAGAUAUGUGUGGAAGAAUAAAACUUCACUAUUAAAUUUACACAA